GCACUGCGGUAAUGGCUACCAACGGGACUAAAUUAUUCUUUGUCCUAAUUUUUGAAGAUUUUUAUCAAAUACGCAUCUAAGGACGUCUCCAUUCUGGAAGUCUUCGAAAUGUCAUCAAAAAAGGAUGACUUUUGGUGCUCUGAAUGCAGCAAGAGUGUACCUGGGAUGUGUAGAAAGCAUGGUGGCUUCCACCAAGUAUAUGACAAUGUUAUUCCUUCUCGAGCCAGACUGACUCUUCCACAAGGUCUUGUCAUAAAGCCAGUCAAAACACAAGAGGGAAAAUUAAGAUAUGGUGUUUUUGCUAAGCGGAUUGUUCAAGUUAAGUCACAGUUUGGUCCUUUCAUGGCAAAAAUUGCAUCAACUGAUAAAGGAAAAUCCGAAAAAGAGAUUAAAGAAGAAAAAGAAAAAGUAACUGAACAGAAGGAAGACAUAAGCAAUGAGAAAAGUUUGGAGCCUCCUGCUUCAGAACAAAAGGGAGUGAACUCAGAGAACCCUGAGAACUCCAUGAACUUGCCUUCAGAAGUAACUCCAUUGGAGUCUCAACAGAACUUUGAUCCAGGCACUGGAGUAAAUCACAAGGUGCUGGUUGGUGGAGAUCUGUUUGAAGGGAUGGUUUCCGACAAUCAGGGCAGUCAGCAGAUGGUAGAGGUUGGUGUGGCUAGCUCCCAGACUCUGCAGCCAGGAUCCUUUACUGACGCAGAGGUCACACAGAGCCUACAAUGUUACCUGUCUACGGCCAACUCCCUCACAGAUGUUGCUAAUGCCCUCCCAUCCUUUACUAGUGGAGGCGAUAUGCUAUCCAGUCAAACACAAUUCGGGUCCGAGUUAAAUCUGCAAACAUCUAUUGAGGCAGGUUUACCUGUAACUGACAGUCUCUCUUCUAAUGCUGGUCUCGGCCACACUGCUGAGCAGCAGCUAACUCACUUACCAAACCAGUCUUUUGAGACCCGUGUUACUGUGGAUAGUGAGGGACGUGUAGUUGUUAAUGCUGUACCAGUAAAUGCCCUGCAUGGUCUGGUAUCCACACAGAUGCUUGUUAGCGAUAAUUUAACAUUGGGGAGCGCACAGAACCAGUUGACUGAUGGUCUGACAGUGACUCCAACAGGGGACAGCCUCUUGGUGAACCCUGCCACAGGGGAGGUAUUGUCUGGACCCCAUAGAACGCAGGUGUCUCACUCGAACAAUAUUACUGGCUUGAUCCAGCAACAGCCUAGUGAUUUGAUGUCACACCAAACUAGUGAACUGCUGCAUCAUCAGUCUGGUGAAUUAUUACAACAAAAUCCACCUGGUGAAUUAUUACAACAAAAUCCACCUGGUGAGUUACUACCACAAGAGCAGUCUGCUCAGCUUAUACCACAGCAGUCAAAUGAAAUGGUGCUACAACCAGACGAUAUGCUGCAGCAGCAACAAGAACAGCCAAGUGAAGUGGGUCCUGAAGGUGACAGUGCCAAAUCUGGUCAGGCAUCAGGGACCGUGUCUGAGGCUGAUAAAUCACAAUCAAAUGACUCCACAGCCAAACAAGUUGAAUCUGCUGAUGAGGUGCCUCCAAAACCUGUCAACAAUGCAGCAGACCAAGAAUAUGAACUCAAGAUUUUCAAGGAAGAUGGUUUUGUCGACACCCUGGAUUUUACUGAUGAGGAUAAAUGCAACUGGAUGAUGUUUAUCCGUCCAGCAAAAACAGCUUCUGAACAAAACCUGGUGGCUUACCAGUUCAAGGAGUACAUAUUCUAUGUUUCUACAAAGCCGAUUCCAUCAAACACGGAACUGAAAGUGUGGUACUCAGCUGAUUAUGCAGAGAAGAUGGGCAAAGACAUGCUUCCUGAUGACGAGUCCCCUGAAGGAGCAGAAUUUCCAGCCAAAUGGGUGUGCUCAGUAUGCUUUGAAGGAUUCAGCACAUUUGCUGAAUUAGAAGCUCACAUGUGCCCAGGAGUGCCUCCUGGUGGUAAAAGACUACGAGGAAGGCCAAGGAAAGGGAGGCCACGAAAGUAUGUAAAACCGUCCAAAACAUGGAGAGCACGGCUUGAUAAGGCCCGUUUGUCUAAGGUGAGGGUUCAGGACCCAAUGGUACCUAAUGUUCCUAGAAAGAGAGGUCGACCCCCAAAGAUUAAACCUGCAGUGAUGGUUAUUGAGAAACCAGCCUCACCGGAGAUGGAAGAACCUAUUCCAUUCAACGAGACCGAGGAUCUAGAGGAACCAACCACAGAUCAAUUGCUUAAUGAUAUCCUUGGUGUUGAUGAUGAUGAUGAUGACGAUGAUGAAGAAGAUGAUGAGCCUAUUAUACCUAAAAGGAGGGGUCGCAAACGAAAACUUUUGAAAAUUCCAAAGCCAAAAACUCCUAGGGGUCCAAGAAGGGAACCCAUGACUUGCCCCUAUUGUGCGGAGAAAUUCACAAAGGAAGCCAUUUAUGUGAUACAUGUUGCUGAACACACUGGCAUUAAGCCAUUUAUUUGUGAAGAUGAAGGCUGCAAAAAAGGUUUCAUGUCAAAGUUCAAACUAGAGCGGCAUCGUCUGAUACACACCUGUCCACGUCACCAUAAGUGUCCUUACUGUGACAAGUCCUUUAAUCGCAAGGACCAUCUCAAAAAUCAUCUCAUAACACACGACCCCAACAAGAAACGUUGGGUUUGUGAGGAAUGUGGCAAGGAAUAUUCCUAUAACUUCUCCUAUAGAACUCAUAAAGCCUUCCACGAUGCUGAGUCUGGGAGGACAACUGAAUGUGGCAUAUGUCACAAGGAACAUGAGACACGUGAGGAACUGCUAUAUCAUCUCAAAGUUCACAGUGGUGCAAGGUCUGUGAAAAACUGCUUAGAAAAAACACACGAGUGCAAAGAUUGUUGUAAAAAAUUCUACACCAAAAAGGAUGUGCGUAGACAUAUGAUAACCCAUACAAAGAAAAAAGAUUUUCUGUGUCAGUACUGUCCUCAAAGGUUUGGGCGUAAAGAUCAUCUCACGCGUCACUUACGGUCAUCUCACUCUGGAGACAACCCCAAUGCCAAGCCUCCACGUGCCCCCAGAGGGGAGAAGAAGGAGAGACCGAUAAAGCAUUACGAGAGGAUAGAGGCAGCCGUUGCCAUGCCAGCUAUGAGGGAGGAACCAGCAGUACUAGUCACCUCGCAACCAUCGCUUAAUAAUCCAUACCCUAUACAUGCUAUACCAACAGAGACCCGGGAGGUACCUCUGCCCAUACACCUGUAUGAAAAUAUCAAUGCCCAACCAGUCAUCACUAUGGCAACCAUGACCCAACAGCAACAGCAGCAGCCAGCUCAGAUGCAGCAGACUCUGCACAUAGCACCUGCCAAUCAAAUGCAGGUUGAGAGGUACACAGUGGAAGUGGGUAAUCAAGGAAUUAGACAUGUCAACGUCAACCAGACAAUGGAUGCGGGAGUGAUUGGAGGUAACGACUACCGUACAAUGCAGCACCAGGGUACAACUAUGUACCUGGCUCAGCCACAACAACACCACAUGAUCGCCAACAAAGACGCCAACAUGGAGUUGGUGCGCACCAACGGGGUGCUGGACCAAGUGCAGUACCAGCCAGUACGCGAACAAGGAACUCGGCCGACUGUCCUACAGACCUCGGAUGCAAGACAGACACCCUCGGCACAGACCUUCUCCACACUACUGGGCUACAUGGAGACAUUGAGAUUCUUGGAGAACCUGCCAACUAACACCCAGGGUGGAGUAAUUCAGAUGGAAGCUACCCACACUCCGACCAUGGUACCCAUACAAACUACACCCUAUUCCACCAGUGCUACCCCAAACCUUGUGGUACAUCCAACAGAAAUGCAAAAAAGAAUGCCAGUUUCUCAUCACAAUGUUUAUCAACAGGGCUCAUGAUCAGAUGGUAUGGUAUAGCUUUGAAAGCUAUGUCAGCUUUUAGAUCACAAAUACAUAGACUGGUAGAGCAUCCCUUAAUAUAACUUUCUAUUGUAUGCAAGCAUUGAAAAGUUAACUUUUUUUUAGUAUUUCUUGGUAAUUAAAAUGCUUGAAAUUAUUGGUAUUUUAGAUGUAGCAAAAUUGUACUGAGCUAAGUGCUGGUGGCCUGCAGGUAGCUCAAUGUUUUUUUUGCAUAUUUCCUCUCCUGUUACAGAGAUAUUAAAUGCUACCAAAUAAGCCACCUGCUUUAUAGUAAAAGGGGUUUGGAAAUCAUAUCAGAAUUUUUUUGGGAAUAAAUUACUCAUACAUAUUUCUCUGAGUCAUUGGUGCUGUGAAAAAACAAGCAGUCCAAAUCCAAAAUGUGAUACAGGAGGUAGAACUCUUAUUCAGUAAUGAUAAUCUGGGAUUCUCUACCAAGUUUAUUGAUAAAAUUGAAGCAUUAUAGUUACUGAUACACUGAACCUACUGUUAUAUUGCCGAUAUAUGUGGUAGUUAUAUAUUUUAUGAAAAUUAAUUAUUUUUAAUUGGAAUCUCGACAUUGAGAUGAUUAUGAUCAGUGAUAGGCUGUUUUACCUGUUCCUGAUAUACACUUGUAAAAUGUACUUAGAUUGUGUCAGUUUCCUUCACCGACAAUUACAGUUACAAUGGCUUUUUGAUGGUAUCUUGUCUUAAUACAUUUUGAUCUGCCAUGUUCUCAACAUUAAUCAUAAAGGGUGUGAGAAAUAUAAAGGUUUCGUUAAAUGAAGCAAAGUUUGCUUUCUUGUAUCAGCAUUAACUGACAGCAAAACUUAGUAGAGUGAAAUUUUACCAUGUGAGUUGUGGUAGUAUGAAGGUUAAAAGAUAAAAAUAACUGCUGAAUACUUUGAAGGAAACACUUUUUUGCCAUAUUAGUGUACAUUUCCUGAUAUAAUCUGAGAGCAAUUAAAUUAAUUAUCUAUUGAACUAAGCAUGAAUUUUAGGAAUCCUAGUUGGGGUGUGUGUAAUGUGUAUGUGCACGAUGCUGUGUUGGAUAAGAGAGGGUAGUGUGAUGUCAAUUGGUGCCUAAGUUUUAGAAUUUGAUACACAAUAUCACAACAUAGAUUUAUAACACAAUAUCACAACAUAGAUUUAUAACACAAUAUCACUACAUAGAUUUAUAACACAAUAUCACUACAUAGAUUUAUAACACAAUAUCACUACAUAGAUUUAUAAAGAUUUAUAACACAAUAUCACUACAUAGAUUUAUAACACAAUAUCACUACAUAGAUUUAUAACACAAUAUCACUACAUAGAUUUGUAACACAAUAUCACAACAUAGAUUUAUAACACAAUAUCACUACGUACAUAGAUUUAUAACACAAUAUCACUACAUAGAUUUAUAACACAAUGUCACAACAUAGAUUUAUAACACAAUAUCACUACAUAGAUUUAUAACACAAUAUCACUACAUAGAUUUAUAACACAAUAUCACUACAUAGAUUUAUAACACAAUAUCACAACAUAGAUUUAUAACACAAUAUCACUACAUAAUCACUACAUAGAUUUAUAAAAAAAACUAUUAGCUUUGAAAAUUUCACCUUAUUGCAACAAAAAAAAUUGGUUCUGGAAUCUCAAAAAUAUUAUAUUCAAGUUUGGAAACAAAAAGUUUUAGAAAUUGUGUUACGGUCUUUUAGUUUGAUGGAAUAUUUAUGAAAUGUAUUUCACCAGUCUUGAUUGAUUGUGGUGUGUAUAUAUGUCAUGUUUGUUGGCGAGUAAAAGUAGUAUAUUCUGAUACCAUGAUCAUUACAUCAUUUUAAUGGCUUGUAAAUCAAAUGUUAUAAUGUUUGUCAGUGUUGAAAGCAUUUGGACUUGUUGUUGGUAUUUUUAUUGAUAAUUUAUUGAGUUAUCUCCCCUCCAUCAUUCUUUCAGUGAAAUAAUGCAAAUUGCAAGCAAUUAUAAACCUAAGAUUUCUGUCCUCUAAAUCUCGUGCCACAAACUAUUAAGACAUUUUCUUUAAGCAAUAUAUAAUGACUAACAAUGGAUAUGAAUUUCGUUACGAUAGUCCUGUGAUGGUGAUCAUUUUAUUGUUAUACUGUUGUGGUAAUUGAGACGAGUGAUUAUUUUCAGAAUAAGAUUUAAGUAUACCCUUUUAUUUGCUGUUCACGAUUUUGCAUGAGGUAUUAAGGAACUUCCUUUCCCAUUGCAAAAUGCUGGUAUCAAGUUAAGGGUACGGUAUAUGCAUACGCUCAAAUUUCCUGGUGUGUGGUAUACACACGAUUUCCAGUAAUGCUGUCUCAUUUUCUGGUGAACUGAACAAAACAUUUUGUCACUGAUUAGCCAUUUUGAACAAAUAUAGAUUUGAAAGUGGGUUUCUUUGAAGUUGUCUGAAAGUAAUUUUUCAAAAUAUAAAAGGUUUUGCAUAAAUUAUUCGGGUUUUAAGCUCACUUGAAUAUUUUUUUGGUGUGAUUGAGCAGAAAAACUCCCAAAACAUUUUUUCUUAAUAUUAUUAUUUUUCAGUAAAUAUUUUUUAAUGAAAUAGUCCUUUUGAUUAAUAAAAGCUUGAAAUUGUAUCCCCUUGAUACAUUAAUAACCUGUACAAGUAUUACAGACCCGACAGCCUGUGCAUUUAAGUAUGCAUGUUGGUAUUGUUUUGUACAUGAUCAUGAGUUUCAGUGUUGUUAUCAACAUCAAUACCAAUAAAUAUCAUAACAUUGAAUUUAGAUUGAAAUAUCAUUUUAGUCUUUCUUCUCAUCUGGAUUAAAUUAUAGUGUAUAGAUUUACUUGUAAUGGACAGAUUUUUUUACUGAAAUUGAUAAGAUAAUGUGCUGCUGCAUAUCUGAACACAUGUCGGGAUGGGAGAAAUUUGCUUCACUUGGAUACAUAUAUGUAUAUAUAAAAGUUUGUGCCAAUGUAAUUUCUUGAAUAUUUCAUUAAUAUCUGGGGGGUUUUUUUUAUGUAUUUUUUUUUUCUUUUUUUUUCUAACAUUCAAACAUGUUCGUUAACAUCUGGAGAUAAUAUAUAGUGUUAGUUGAACUUGAUUCUCUACUCUUUUCCUUUAUUUAACCUUCCAACAAAACAUAUUGUUUUAGUUGUCUAUCUGUCCGUCCAGCUGUCCUUUAAACAAGAUAGUAUCUCCCAAUACAGCAGAUGGUUUUGACUAGGUUUUGCUUAUUAUCAAUACUAGUUUCAUAAUCAUGUGAGAAUGGAAAUUUAUCAACAUACAGUUGGUAAGGGAGUUCUAAUUAUUUUUAAUGUAAAUGGAUUCAAUAAAUAUUAUUUUAAUGCAUUAUCUUGGAUCAUGCAGUUGUUGUAGAUUGUCACUCGUUAAAGAUCGUUUUGGGUCAUGAUGGCCAAUGUCCUGUUCCCAUACACAUGUAUGUAGGGAAGUGAUGGUCACUGUUAAUUAUAGCAUGUUAAUUGUAAGAUGGAAUGUAAUCUAGAUAAUGUAUUUCUGAUCUAUCUCAGAUCAGAUCCAUCUUUGGUCCUGUGGAGGAUUCAACCUUUUCAGAAUAAAAUAAUAGAAAGUUAAA